AUUACCUAGAUUACCUACUGAAACUUAAAAAAAGAUUUCUAGCAAUAAGUACUUAUACAGGGGACCACGGAUUUUUUCGUUCUACAUUUAUAUCUGUAUUAUUGUGCGUGUGUAGUGAAGAUAACGAAAUGCAGGUACGAUCAGAAAUAUAGGUCUGAGUGGGAAAAAAUCGUGAAUUUUCGUCAUGGUUGACAAAAGAUAAAAAUAGUGAGAAUGCAUAGUGUUAAGCUUGUGGAGCAACAUCUCUGAGCAGAAUCGCAACAAUUAAAAGUCAUGUGGAGUCGGGAAAACCUCGGCAGCAGCGUGACUAGGAUUAGUAGAUUUUUACUUUUUUGGGAGAUUUUGAGGUACAGGCUAUGAAUAAAUAAUAAGUUGUGGGUACCGGCGACAGAAUUUAGCAUGUAAAAACUAUUUAUAUCGGAUAAUAGUUUUUUGGCAUAUCGGAUAAAUUCGGGGUAUAUUCCUCCUUUCAUCGAAUGGAUUGUAACUACAUAUUUAAUUUUCAUUCUUUUCGUUACCAUAGUGUGAUAGACUAGUGGGAAUUGCUUUAAUGACAAUUUUUAUAAUCGAGUUUAAAAUGAAACAUAAAUAUAUACAUUUCUUUCGUGACCACAAAUGUGUUAGAUAUACAUUCGUCUUGUAGUUUUAGUAGAUUACCAUUUUUUAGAGUGGCCGCACUGAUAAUUUCAUACAAUCUUCAUUCUUCAUUUCACUCCAUAUUAGAAUUUUUCAUAAAAAUAAGAAAUAUAAAUUAAAAUAAUAUAUGACUUUAAGGUCUAAGUUACCAGGUCAUAAAAUCCCUUAAAUAAAUACAAUCUUCAGUUUGACCUAAAGGUCUAGAUACCAGGCCAUAAACUGAGAAAAAAUCACAGUAAAAAAUACAAUCUUCAUCUCGAAUAUAUUAAGUGUAUAAUCUAUGAUCUUCAUUGUGUCAAAGUCAGUUGAGCACUCGUAGUGCUGUGUGAUUAUUGUUUUUAGUUGCUUUAAAAAAAGGACAACAAAAUUUGUACCUGGUGUGCAUCCAGUAAUUACAUAAAUAUGGAAGAUAAAUACGAGACUGUGCAGCUUUCGUACUCUAUACACAAAUGCUCGAGCCAUUCCUCGGGCUAUGUUCCAGAGAACAUCAUAGUGAAUCAACCAUCAGAUCCAUUGUCAAGGUGGUUCACAGACUGCUGCGUUUCACCACAAUUCAUAGUUAUAAAACUGGACUCUCCCUCUAUAGUUGAAACAAUCAAAUUCGGAAAAUAUAUCAAGGCACUCGUUAGUGAUCUCAAAAAGUUUCAGGUCUAUGGUGGAACAGAAGAUAGCAAUAUGUCUCUGCUGUUGACUGCUGGCUUGAAGAAAGACAGUACACCGGAAACAUUCAGAUUGAGGCACAGGACACAGGAAGGAUUUUACUUCCCUGUUGAAUACCUAAAGAUUGUCCCACUACAGUCGUGGGGCCCUCCCUACAAUUAUACCAUAUGGUACAUAGAGUUACAUGGCAAAAAUCAGGCAGAACUUCUCAAUGAGGCACUGGAGACAAUUUAUUUGCGUAAAGAAGAAGAAGCAGUGCGAUUGUUACUAAAACACUUGAGGCGGAGACGCUACAAGGAUGCUUUCGAAGCUUUGUCUAGAGAAAGCGGAGUGCAGCUCGAAGGGCCAACACAGACUAAACUCUGGAACGCUUUAGUCGAGAAUGGUGACUAUCAGGCGGCCGAGAAAAUUUUCGAACAAGCCGUUAAUGAUGGCGAGUUAGAGUGGUACAUGUCGUGGCAGCCGUACCGGCCGGAGUGGCGCGAGAUGUCGGCGUGCUCGGCGCAGGUGGAGGAGCGGCUGCGCAGCGGGGACGCGCACGUGGCCGGGCCCCCCGCCGCCCCGCACGACUUGUUGUGCGCCGACCGCGAGCCCAGGCCCGACGCCGCCGGUGCAGCACCAGUAAGCAACGAGCUGUUCGAGACGUGUGACCUGGCCUGCGGCCUCACCGCCUGCUGCAACAAGCCUGGCCCCAGGGGCGGACACCAGCUGGUGGUCGAUUCUACUACGGGCACCCUCUAUCUGUUUGGUGGCUGGAACGGGACCGAGGACCUGGACGACCUGUGGUCCUACAGCACCAAGGGCGAGCGCUGGACGCUGCUCUGCAGGCACAGCAGUCUCGUCGGCGGCCCCACGCCCCGCUCCUGUCACAAGAUGGUGUUCGAUCCCGUGCACAGACGGCUCUACACCCUGGGACGGUACCUCGACAACGCUCAGAGGGUGCCCAGCAAUAUGAAUAGCGACCUGUACAUGUACGACGUGUGGACGGGCGAGUGGUACCUGGUGUGCAGCGACACGGCGAGCGCGGGGGGGCCGCGGCUGGUGUUCGACCACCAGAUGUGCAUCGACGCCGACACGCAGACCAUAUACGUGUUCGGGGGGAGAGUGCUGCCGGCCAACACUGAGGAGGUAGUGAGCCCGCAGUAUUCGGGCUUGUACGCGUACUACAUCUCCACCGGCACCUGGCAGCUGCUGCUGGCCGACAAGCACGACGAGGACGCCCCGCAGCCCAGGGUCUCGCACUCCAUGCUGUUCCACCCGGUGCAGCGGCGCCUGUACAUAUUCGCGGGGCAGCGCAACAAGGAGCACCUGCUGGACCUGUGGUGGUACGAGGUGGGGUCGGGGGCGUGCGGCGCCUUGUGCCGCUGCGGUGCCGCGCCGCCCCCCGCCGCCGGCUUCACGCAGCGCGCCACGCUCGACCCCGACACCGACCAGAUGUUCGUGCUGUCCGGCAUGAGCAAGGAGAAGGAGAAGCGCGUGUACAACACUCUGUGGGUGCUGUCGCUGCGCACGCGCACGUGGAGCUGCCUGUACCGCGCGCACGCCCCCCCGGCCCCCGCGCCCGCGCCCGGCGGCCCCGCCCCCACCUCGCGGGCCCCCACCCCCCGGUUCGCGCACCAGCUGGUCUACGAUCCUAACACCAAGAUACAUUACCUGUUCGGCGGCAACCCCGGCAUACAGAGCAGCCCGCGCCUGCGGCUGGACGACCUGUGGUCGCUGAGGCUGGUGCAGCCGUCGCUGGAGCAAGUGUGGGGCGAGGCGCGCGCCAUCCUGCGGGAAGCCUGCUACCGGGAGAUGGCCACCCAGCCCGGGGCCACGGUCCAGGCCUUGAGCUACCUGAGGAACGAGCUCAGCAGCGUCAUGGACCACACCGACCCCGCACAGGUGUCGAGGUUCCAGAAGCUGGCGACGUUGUUGUUCAGCGGCGGCGACGAGGGGGCGGCCCUCCCCUCGCCCCGCGCGCUCUCCCCGCGCCGCACCCGCGCCCUGCUGCGCGCCCGCACGCACCACGCCUCGCACGCACACAUCGCGGACGCGCUCGCACAGGUGUUGGGCGCUGAAGAACCACAACCGGAAUUGACGCUGCCGUUUGAAGAAGCGGGGGAACCUCAGCCGGAGACGUGGGAGGUGGGCGUGGACGAGGACAUGACCCCGGACACCCAGUGGCACGCGCGCCAGCCGCGCCUCGCGCUGUACGACACCCUGGCGCAGUACUUCCGCCCCUCCACCGUGCCCCCCCGCGGGGACGUCACCGACCUCGUGGCCCUGUAGCCGCCCUCCCCCACCCCCCUCCCCCCGCACUCGUUCAACAUUGUACAUUUAAUUCUGUUUUCAAAUUAUUUCAAAAUAUUUUGAAGCCUCGUAAUUCUUGAAUUAAUUAGAAAACAGAAGCGCUCUAAAUCGACGACAUACGUUAUUGUCGAAAAUUGUGUAUUUUUUGUAUUGUCUUAGUGCGUUCGCGCGUCAGAACUGACAGCAAUUGUAUCUGUUGAGAUUGAGAAUGGGUCAGCAUUUUAUCUUUUUAGUUUAUAGAGAGUUGUUGUGUUCGUUGUGUAUACACACGAUAGUAAGCCGGCGACCGCAGCUAGUCUGCGGCAACGAGGAUUGAGAAAAAGUUUUGUGGGAAUCCCAUUUUUUUUCCUACCUAUUCUAGUAACCUUGAGAGGUUAUACUAGAUAACACAAGGCGUGUAAGUGAGCUCUCGGGGCUUAAGUCGGAGAUGUUGCUAACACUGGCCCUAGCAAGAGCAGUGCUUCGCAGAAUCUACCACCGGAUCGGAAACGCGACCCACUGAGAAGAUCCGGCCAGAAACUCAGUGGGCUGUGUCUAUGGGUUCAUUUACUCGCAAGCGACGGGUUCGACGAGAACGAUGACCGUGUGGGAAUCCCCGGAUAGAGUUUGGUGAACCCAAGUUGUAUUUAUCGUUUUAUGGGAAUACUGCACCCCUUUUUUCGGGCAGGGUGCCGAACUUCUUACGAGAUCCCUGCGUCUAGGAGGCGCGAGAGGUAUGUGGGACUUGACGGUCUGCAGAUGUUGAUAUUUUAGAGCCCUACCGUGCCAAACGACUCCCCUGCACUCUCUCAUACGACGUCCGAUCUCCGCCAGGGGCCAGAACCCAGGUGAAGUAGGGGGUUCCCGAGGUCAACACUACAACUAGACUCGCCGCUCCAAAUAUGGCAAGCCUGUGGUAUUCAGGCUCAUCUACUGGCUGAUAAUGAAGAUGGGACACGCGUGCAUCUCGAUACGUAUUUAAUCGAUACUCGAAUAUCGAUAAAUAAAACGUAAGGUUUAUAUGAGUACCUGAUCGAAGACCAAUGAAAUUCGAUGUUGUAAGAAUAGCAUAGGUACGUAAAGCUUUUGUGUAGUUUAGAUCAGUUUUGCAGAAUAGUUUAAGACUAUUCUAUCUAAGACUAUUAUUAGAUAUGUUUCAUACGUAUAUACUCAGUAAAUCUAGUUCUUACUAAAGGAUUUGAACCACUACGUAUUCAGCCGAGGGAAAAGGGAGAAAACCCAUCAAACAGUCGUUCGUGUUCCUAUGUGUUCAAUUCGUGAGCUCACGUAUGUUCACGAGUGCUCACGUUUGGCAGUCAGCAAUAUAUUAUAUAAUAUCACUUGUGUUUGUGUUCUAGUGAUCAGUGAAAGCUUUUAGGAAUAUGAAAUUAAAAAAAAAAGUACUGAUAAUUUGAAUGUAAUACCUCUAUAUUGCUUUUAAUAUGAAAAGAGCGUUUUCGCUCAUAAUUAAUUUAAGUUCAGAGUAAGUAUUUGGUACGUUAUUAAUAAAGUUAGAUUAGUUUACGUGUGCGAGUUAAUAUGAUCGUUGAUAUAAUUCAAUAGAGUUCAAAUUAACGUGCGAGAGAACGUAACUGCAUAUCGUCUUCUCGCAUUAAAACUGUAUAUAAUCUCAAAACUUACUAAUUUUACAGGAGAGUGUUUUAAAGGUUUAACAUGUGAUUGUGGUAUUUUUAAUAUUAAUCAUCUUUGCAACAUUUAUUUUUUAUUCUUUACCAGUUAUAUUAUCUGUCUUUUAAAGUAAGAUAAAAUUGUGUAUUAAUUUUGUUAAUAGUCGUCUAAACAUAGGUAAACUAAAAAAAAACUAAAAUCAAACUACGCUCUCUUGACAGUAUGAGAAGAAUACUGGUGAUACCAAAUGAUUCCGCAUAUUAACUCAAUUUCGAAUAUUUUUGGAAAUUGUACACUUUUAAUGCGAAAAGACGAUAAUAUGAUUAAACCAAAAAUUAUGUCAAAGUCUUUAGCAGCGGCGCCCGCGCCCCGGGGCAGCACCGACGCGGCCCGGCAGCCGUCUUGUUUCGUUCAUUUAUCAUUUAAUUUUAUUUAUGUCUAGUUAUUUUAUUAAAUGUAUGUAUUUAUACCCGUAUCGUCUCCGGACUAUUUUAAUCAAUUUGUGGGUAGAUAGAAAACAUUUUACUGUAUUUUCAUAUUUCUACUUCAUUAUUUCAUAUUCUUACUGGUGGUAGGACCUCUUGUGAGUUCGCGCGGGUAGGAAUCACCGCCCCGCCUAUUUCUGCCGUGAAGCAGUAAUGCGUUUCGGUUUGAAGGGCGGGGCAGCCGUUGUAACUAUACUGAGAUCUUAGAACUUAUAUCUCAAGGUGUGUGGCGCGUUUACGUUGUAGAUGUCUAUGGGUUCCAGUAACCACUUAACACCAGGUGGGCUGUGAGCUCGUACACCAAUCUAAGCAAUAAAAAGUAAAAAUAAAAAUUUUUGUAUUUUCUCUUCCGAAUAUAUAAGGGUGUUAGGAGUUCGAGGAUGAGCCAUUUCCUUUCUGAUGUUACAGUUUAGAUAUACGGAAUAUUUAUCGAUACGUGUAAGUCCGUUUAAAUUAAUAUAUUAGCUAAGUACUUUCAUUUCAUGUAUUAUAUACUAUUGUGUAGUUUAAGGUAAAUAAUAAUGGGGUCACACAACUAUAAGGACGAAUGAAUGUAAAGUUUUGUGCAAUUCAAAUUCGACCUUUUUUCCAUAAGCCGUAAGUUGAUUUUAACUUGGCACACGAGUGGAACAGGUCGGAAUCCGUAAGUGGCACCUGCCGGAUCAUCAGAGCGGUAGCACGUUCAAACCUCUAUCAACUAAGAUAAUUAAUUUAAAAGAACAUUAUUUAUAUAAGACAAUAGCAAAGUAAGUUUUUGAGUUUUAAAUGUAAAGUCGUAGUUGAGGGUAAUCUAAAUACACGUAUUGUUUUGAAAGUAUUUUAAAUUAUUAAAGUCCUUUUUAAUUGCUUAUUCGAAAUUAGCUGCGUUUAGAACUUAGUUGGUUUUGACUAAUGUUUACUUUGAGAGAUGUUAGUUAUGACUGAAUCACGUGGAAUAAAAGUUGAGGAGUGGUGUAUGGCGAGUGGAAAAAACCUUGCAAGCUUAGGCGAUCGGUCUCCUGCUGCCUUCUUCACUAUAGUCCAAUGGACGAGCUUGUCACGAAGCAAUUAGUGUGCCACUGAGCCGUGGACGAUGUCUCGGGGUAUUUUUUUAACCUACCUAUACAGGUACCUCGAGGGGUUAUCCCAGCUUUACUAAGUGAGGGGGUGAGCUCAUGGGAUUCUAUCUGCCGGAUUUGCUAACACGAACCCUAGCAAGAGCAGUGCGUGGCAGAAUCUACCACUGGAUCGGAAUCGCGACUCACUGAGAAGGUCCGGAGAGAAACUCAGUGGGCUGUGUCUGGGACGGAAGUGUCUAGAAGUGCUAGGAAAAUAGUGCACAGACCAAAGCGACGGUGUGGACCGCUCGGGACGCGGGUCCGUUGAUGUUACACAGCGUUGGGCGCGUCUGUCCCGGAUUAGUCUCGAGGGGGCGGGUCCGCGGAGAGUCGCGCCCCCCGGGGGGCGUGGCCUGCCGCGCGAGUGAAUGUUUUUAUUGUCUGUGAUAAAAGGCGACUGUGUGUUUUUGUAGUCAAUAGGUUAUUUGUAUACUGUAGGCCGGAUCGAGAAUGAUCUACAAAUGUGAUUUGCGUUUUGUUCGAACAGAACUCGUUUACUAUUCUGUUAGUUUUAUUUGUUUCGAUGUCAUUAAUGUUCUACUGUGAACGUAUUGUAUUCGUUGAUGUCAGUUCAGUGUGCUCGGUGCGAGUUUUUUAACGUUCUCGAUAGCGUAAAAGUUAACUCAAUUUUGUAUGCAGUUGAAACACCGCCCCUUAGUACCUUAUUCGGUUCAGAGGUCUUUAUUAGAUAUAGUGUCAGUGUGCUUAUAUCUGUUGGAAUGGGAUCGAUCGCCUACGUUCGCCGCUAGGGGCGCUGUUUCAACUGCAUACAAAAUUGAGUUAACUUUUACGCUAUCGAGAACGUUAAAAAAACUCGCUCUAAGCACUAUGAAGAAAACUCGAGAGUAUAAAAUGUUGUAAAAUAAUGUACUAGUGUUUAAUGUGUACUAGGAAUUUGUUUAGGAUUGAUUUAAAAUGAAAUAAAAUAGUUUUGAUUUUUGUAGAAUCAUUACUAAAAAUCAAUGUUGAUUUAAUCUAUUAACUGUAGCGGGAAUGAAUAGCAAUGAUAUAACUUGCAACUGCGCGCGAGGAUAUCGCUUUAAUCUUACAAAAUAACGUCUAGUAUUUGUAAACAUCAUGACAUUAUUUAUAAGCAAUUUUUUUUUUUUUUAAGAGAUUUUAUGACCUGGUAACAGUGAAAUGAAAUGAAGAUGAUUAAUUUGAAACACUUAUCAAUUGGGAUGAAAUUAAAUGAAAUUAAUUGAGGUGAUAUGGAAUGAAAUAUAAUCUCAGUAAAAUGGUGGUCAUUUACUAAGAUUUUUUCAGUGGACUUUUUGGAGGAUCCCGAGAAGUUACGUCCAGCAGCUUUGUUUCAUUUUCCCACAUUUGUGCACUUUCACAGAUAUUAAACAGUUAAUAAACCACCAUUAUUACACAUUUAAACCCGAAGAAACACUAAAUAGACAAAAUAAAACAAAUCACACAACUUCACUCCUCGCGUUCCCGCCAAAAAGUCCGCAGUAAUAUUUACAUUUUUAUUCUGAUAAAUUGAAUGUAGUUCUUUAAGACGUUUUCAAUUGGAUAGUUACUUUCAAGUAAAUACACGUUGAUGAGUAUGUAGUACUGUGUUUUAUGUAUAAAUCUUGUGUACAUACGUACGUUUUUAUAAGGAUACAUUUUUAAUUUAUGUACCAAUUAAUGUACAAAGCAAUAAAUGUUUACGAACGAUA